CAGCCCGCAGCGAUCUCCAUCUCUCAGGCGGCUGGGCCGGUGUUAGUCAGGGUGGGCCCGGCCUCGGAGCACAGCCACAGAACCCUAUUACAGCCAUUCAUUUCACCCGGAGCACGAUGUCUCACCGAGAGGACCGGUCAAUGUAAGUAGAUUGCAUCGAGGCGUAUCAAUAAUUAACUGGGUCAAUUUCAGCACAAGGAAACACCAGAUUUGUUAGAUGGAAAUGUCUUACUUGGCCCAUGAGGUUGAGCUGAGCAAGCGUCAUGAGGAAAUAUUAGGCUUGAGAACCACACUUCUUCAGCAAAUGGAAAACCAACUUGAAAGUCAAGCAAAUAAGAAAAAACUGCAAACUAUUGAAUUAAAGUCAGCUAAUGAAAGAAAUAGAUUGCUUUUAAGAGAUUUGGGAAUAGCUGAGGAAAACUUAAAAGCGAGGGCGGAUACACAUUUGCAUCCUUCUUUUAUCACUCUCAAGACUAAAUACUGGACAUUUGUUGAAGAACAUUUACCGAAAUGGGAACAGUUUUUACUGGGUCAAGCAGAGAGUCCCGUUGAAGUGACAAAUUCAAAGCACAAAAAAUCACAGAAGGAAAAACCUCAAGAUAACGUUACCAUAGAAAAUAGUAAUUUGCCGCCAUUACCAUCUACUUUCAAGACACCAUCUCUAUCUCCGCAUUCCAAAAAACAAAAAAGAACAAAGGUUUCUAGAAAAAAAGAUGGAUAAUCUGCAAAGUACUUUUGUUAAGAAUUAAAGUUUAAGAUUUGUUAGACAUACCUAUUAAUUAAAUAAAUCAUGUGGGUUUUUU